CGAAGAAAAGAAACGGUUACGCAUUUGACUAGACCAUGGAGGAGGGGAUGAUUUGGAUUACGUCGUCGUGCACAAACGACGCUCUGCUCAUCAGUCAGUCGCUUGCGGUUCGUGAGCGAAGAGUUAGUGAUUAUACGUUGAUUAUGUCUGAAAUGUACAAACUAGGUGAUUUGGUAUGGGCGAAGAUGAAGGGAUUUUCACCGUGGCCUGGCCGGGUAUCCAUUCCUUCGAAGGAUUUGAAGAAACCUGGAAAUACUAAGAAAGGACCAGUACAAUGUAUUUUCUUCUUUGGAACUAAUAAUUAUGCAUGGAUAGAAGAAUCCAAUAUCAAACCAUACCAACAAUAUAAAGAUACUUUGGUAAAAUCAAGCAAGUCUAUCGCUUUUAAAGAUGCAGUGGAAGCUAUAGAAGAAUUUAUUGCCAAAGGAGAGGUUUUCGAAGAUGGGUUAGAUCCAGAUUCGCUAUUUGAUAGACUGAAAGAAGACACAUUAUCUGCAGAAAAGAAAAUAGUAACAAAAAUACCGAAACCACGCAAGGAAACACCAAAAGCUAAGCGAUUGGAUAGUGGUGCCAGUGACACUCGUCGUCCAGCCAAAAAACAGCGCAGAGAAUCCAGUACAAGCAAUAGUAACAGAGUCGGUAGCAUUAGUCCUGCACUAAAUCAUUCUACUCCUACUAGGAAGUCAGGUUCAACUCUUCUGAACAGGCCAGCCAAUAUCACCAGACCAGUAACACCACCUCUAGAUGUUGAAACAUUAUCUCAAACACUCAAAGAGAAGAAUAUCCUUCCUUCGAAUUUGAAAUUUGGUUUCCUCGGUUUGGGAAUUAUGGGCAGCGGCAUCGUAAAAAAUUUGAUCAACAGUGGGCACAGUGUGAUAGUGUGGAAUCGAACGCAAGAAAAGUGUGCGGACUUUGUAAAGGCUGGAGCAGAGCAAGGAUUAACACCUUCGGAUGUCGUAUUGGCAGCUGACAUAACGUUUUCUUGCGUUGCUGAUCCACAAGCUGCAAAGGAUAUGGUUUUUGGUAACUGCGGCGUAUUGAUGGAAAUAUCCUCUGACAAGGGUUACGUUGAAAUGACAGGAAUAGAUGCGGAAACGUCACAGGAUAUCGCUGAGGCGAUAAACGCCAAGGGUGGCCGUUACCUUGAGGCACAAGUGCAAGGUAGCAAAACCCAAGCACAGGAAGGCACAUUGGUCAUUCUUGCGGCUGGAGAUCGUACGCUUUUCGACGAUUGUCAAUCGUGUUUCGAGGCUAUGGGUAAAAACAGUUUCUAUCUUGGCGAAGUUGGUAACGCGUCGAAGAUGAACCUCGUGCUUCAGUUGAUGGCUGGUGUAACAUUGGCGGGUCUUGCCGAGAGUAUGGCUCUUGCCGAUCGAGCGGGACUUCAACAGAAAGACGUUCUUGAGGUUUUAGAGUUAACCUCCCUAGCUUGUCCGGCGAUUCUUGACAAAGGAAAGGCCAUCAUCGAGGGUGGUUUCCCGACACAACUACCGCUCCAACAUAUGCAGAAAGAUCUUAGACUAUCGUUAGGAAUGAGCGAUCAGCUCGAACAACCUCUACCCCUCGCUGCAGCAGCGAAUGAGGUUUACAAGCAUGCGAAACGCCUCGGUUAUGGGGAACACGAUGCAUCGGCUGUUUACAUCAGGGCCAGGUUCUAAUGGAGAACAACGUCGUCGGGCUUUUGCUAAGAUCAUAUUUAUUGCAAUACCUAACGUUGUUUCCCAGCGCUAAGAGAGAAGAUUAAUUAAGUGCGUCAAUUUGUCGCGAAAAUCGGUAAUGUCAUAUAUCGAGAUGGAAAUGGAGAAAGAGCCAAAUAUGAAGCAAGAAAGAGAGAGAGAAAGAGAGAGAGAGAGAGAGAGAGAGAGAGAGAAAGAACCAAGCCAUGCAUGCACGUAAAAAGCAAGCACACACGAUGUCGAGUAUAUAUUCUUACAUGUAUACUUUUGUCGAGGAAGAUGAAGACGCAUUUAUCGUUGGAACACGUAUCGACAUUUUACGAAAGAUCGGACCAAUAAGUUUGAAAAAUUAAAAAGAUAUUGACGAGUGGGCCAUCGAGAAGAUACACACGACGAGAAAAAUGAUAAACAAUGGAUCUCUUCCUAUCCUCGUGACCGAAAUUAAUCUACACAUAUGUAUACGUAGACGUACAUAUAUACAUAUAUACAUAUAUACAUAUCGGAACGUCACGAUUUGUCGUACUUUUAAUACAUUGAGGAAGCUACUGUCGAAAAAAGGGAGAGAAAAUUAUACGUAACGUGAUACACAUAUGUAUGUAUGUAUGUAUAUAUAUGUGUAUACCUGUUUGUUUAUAUAUAUAUGUACUAUGUUUAUUGUCGUAGAUAGUAGUCACGUGACAUUUUUCUCCAUACGGUUAUAUUCGCAACGCGAUUAGUAGAUAUUCGUUCUUUCAUGAAAUGUGAUGCAAGACGCGAGUCGAUGGUUAUUCUCUCGAGUCACGUCCUGUCGCUGCUAUGUAAGAAAGAACGUCGAAUCGAAGAGGAGACUCGGGACGCGUCGAAAAUGUGCCUUACGUUGCUACACGACGCAAAAACUUCCUUAGAAAAGGCGUUCAAUAAUUCUGAAAGUUCGCUUGCGCGUUUCGAGAGCAUCAACCAACGAUCGACAGCGCUUAAUGCGUCUUAUGUGUAAUCCUUAUAUAGAUGUAUAGAUGUGUAGAUUAUAUCUAUGAAAGAAUGAAUUCUGCUACUCAUAAAAAAUUUCUAAUUUGGAAAUUGUGCGUCUGUCUCGUAAUUGUGCGCGUGUAAAAGCCACUGUGCGAAAGAAGAAAUGCAAAGAAUCGAGCAGCGCACAUUUCCUGUUCUUUAUUUCUUUUUUUUUUUUUUUUUCUUUUUUUUUCCCUUUUUUUUUCUUUCUUUUAAGAGGAAUCUCUUACUUAUUUUGAAAGUUUUAUCAUCAUUAUUGUAUCAUUAAAUAUAUCUUUAUUCUAUCUUCUGUAAAGCUUUAUUUUGACCGAGUCGUUGUCUGUCUCUCGAAUGUUGAGUCGAUAUGCGGGAACAACGAUCUUCGAUGGUUUCUGUAACAAAGAAAAGAAAAAAAAAAAAAAAAAACAAAGAACAUAUUAAGAAAUUACUUAUAAAAGUAUCUGUAUUAAUUGAAAAUAUUCUUUCGUUAAUGAUUAUAACGAUAAUAAUGAAGAAAAAAAAAAAAAAAAAAAAAAAAAAAAGAUGGAAUUUUUUGAGCAAUGCUUUUAUUCUCCAGUAUCAAAAUCUAAGGAAAGUAGAGCAAUGGAAAAGAUCAAAUUCGACGGUAUUCCCUGUUCGUUUUAUAGAUUUUCGACAAUUUGUAUCUUAAAUAAGCUCUGAAGGCGAAUUAGAAAUUAUUUAGAAGGGGAAUGCGAGUGAGCAGUAUAUUCGUCAUGUUCGUACAUAUGGAUCUCUCGUCAGCGUUAUUUUCUUCGUAAGAAGAAAAAGUAAAAAAGAAGUAAAGGAAUGAAGAUAGUAAAGCUCGUGACGUUUUAUUUGUGCAGGAGAAAGAAAUUUUUUGUUUUUGGUGCGUGGGAAAUUGCGUAGCGUAUGGCUAUCGGUGGCUGCGCGCCAUAUCACAUAUUGUAUAUGUAAUUAGAUAUACACUAGAUACAGCUUCACUCAAUUAUAAACGUUACAAUGAAACAUUGUACGCGUAAGAAAAAAGAAAUGGAAACGGUGGAGAUGAAAAUUAUAAAAUAUAUUCUAUGGAUAGAUAUGGCGGCAAAAAGAAGUUAUAUAUAUAUAAAUAUAAAUAAAUAUAUAUAUAUAUACAUAUAUAUAUAUCUAUAUAUAUAUAUAUAUAUACAUAUAUACACAUAUAGCUAGUAAAGGAUAAAAAGAUAAAAAAUCCAUAAGGAAAAGAAGAAGACGAAGAAAAAGAAACGAAGGAAAAGAAAUUUAGCGUGUGUGCGAUCGGGUGAAUGAGAAUGCACGAUGGUGGGUCACGUGCGUUAUGCCGUAAUAACACAGGCAUUAUAUGUUUUAUCACGAAAUACACUGGUUUUUGAAUAAAUAUCUAUUUGAAUUAA